AUGAAGAAUUCUCACGUCGAUUGGAACUACACAUCAGUGAAUGAUAAUUAUACUUCACAAUAUACAAAAAGUCGUGCCGUCGAGAUGACUAGAGGUAAAAUGUUAGGCGGCAGCAGUUCACUGAAUUUUAUGGUUUACGUCAGAGGGAACCCACAUGAUUUCGACGUUUGGGCUGACACUGUAAAAGAUAAAAACUGGAAAUACGAAAAAGUGUUACCAUAUUUUAAAAAAAGUGAAAGACUUACAGAUUCCGUUAUACGAUCGUCACAUUAUGGUGCAUAUCAUAACUAUAAAGGAUAUAUGGGAGUACAAAGACAAUACCACCCAGAUGUUGAUGGAUAUAUGCAGGCUUAUAAAGAACUGGGUAAUAAAAUUGUAAUAGAUACAAGCACUGGUGAUUUAGGCUACACACAGCCUUUAUUUACGAUUUCGGAUGGCACUAGACAGAGCACGAGUAAUGCUUUUCUAUCUCCAAUCAAAGAUCGGACCAAUCUGCACGUUUGGAAAAACACUCUAGUAACAAAAAUUAUUUUUGAUAGAAAAAAAAAUGCUGUAGCUAUUGAAGCUCUUACGAGUGACAAUAGAAAAUUAACAGUUAAAGCAAGGCGGGAGAUCAUUGUAUCAGCUGGGUCUAUCAAUACCCCUCAACUUCUAAUGCUGUCAGGAAUUGGCCCUAGAAAACACUUGCAGGAAAUGGCAAUUCCAGUAAUAUCAGAUCUACCAGUUGGAGAAAAUUUCCAUGACCACCAGGGAGUACCACUUGCAUUUAAAAUGGGAAAAUUACCUUCUUUUCAGCCCCCUCAAAAUCCACAUGAAAUUCCAGUACCAGUAAUUAUCGGUUAUGCUGCACUCAACAGAACUCAAAGUUACCCUGACUAUCAAAAUUUUGAUCUAGUCUUAAGAAAUCCAGCUUUUCUAUUAGGAUUUUGUACAUUUGUUUUUGGCUUAGAGGAUGCUCUUUGUCGACAGCUUAAUGAAUCAUGCGAAAGUCACGAAGUUUUGUUAGCCGUUCCCAACACAAUGCACCCAAAAUCUAGAGGUAAAAUCUUAUUGAAGAGUAAAGAUCCCAAAGAUUAUCCAUUAAUUCACGGAGGUUACUACUCCAAUCCUGAUGAUUUGGAAAACCAAGCCACUUAUAUUGAAGAUGUUAUUCGCGUCAUUAAUACAACCUAUUUUAAGAAAGCGAAUGCUGAAUUAGUCCGUUUUGAUUUACCUGCAUGUGCUGGCUAUGAGUGGGGAUCGAGGGAAUACUGGAAAUGUUAUUCUCGGGAACUGUUAGUAACUGUAUACCAUUACACGGGUACCUGCGCUAUGGGUUCAGUGGUAGAUUCUAGGCUACGGGUUAGUGGUGUAAGGCGACUCCGAGUAGUUGAUGCUAGUGUUAUGCCUUUUAUAACUAGCGGCAAUAUCAAUGCACCGACUAUUAUGAUCGGAGAGAAAGGUGCUGACAUGAUAAAGGAAGACAAUAAUAUUGUUUGUUCCUGUAACAAAUUCUUAUGA